GAAGCAGAAUCCCCACUAAUUCGUUGGACGACACCUUGAUACGUGGAGGACAGCAGAGCUUGGCUAUUUGUUGGCGCCGUCUCGCCGCCUGGCUGCUGCCUUCCCGCUCUCUCUGUGGUCCCUCGCGUCUUGAACGACUUCACCAGGUGGAGCGGUGGGAGCGGUGGGAGCGGUGAUCACAUUCAAGACCCCACCGGCACCGGCAGUGUGAUGACACAGAACCGCAACAUGGCCGUCAAAAGCAAAGAUAAAUUCAAGGAAGAAUUCGACGAAGCUUGCGAGCAGACCUGGAGCGCUUUCCAAGAGUGGGAGAAUAAACGGGAGGAGCUCAUCGACGUGUUCAACAGAUUCGCCGACGGCUUGGACAAACUGGAAACAAACGUGAAAGACGUACAAUUGACAGGAGCUCGCGCCCUUAUAAUCGGUGCUGCGGUGACAACGGUGGGAUUCUUAGCUGCUCCGAUAGUUGUUGGUGGUGGCUUGGCGCUGAGUGCAGUGGCCGGAGGGCUUGCAUUGGGAAGUUAUAUCGGCAAAGAAUUAGCUGAGAAGAGCAGCCUUGAAAAAGUUGACACAAUGCUUAAAGCGGAAGAGCAAAGUCUGAGCGAUCUAGAGAAAUGCCUGAAUGGAUUGAGUCAAUCAUGCGAAGGGCUCUCUUCGAUAAAACCGAAAAAUCGUAGGGUCAUUGCGUUUACACAAGCGGAACGUCAGCUCUACAAAGACCUCAACAUCACCGCACAAAGUAAACACACGUUCAAGCUUCCGGAAAAAGUUCCGCAAGACAGUGGCAAAGGCAGAGGUGCAGUAGAGGCCAUGGCUGGUUUUGCCGAUCAUUUGGUAAACAUCAAAGAGGAAGAUAUCCUUGAGCUAGAAGACCGCGCAAAACCACUUCUGAAAUACCGGUUGCUUCCGGUCGUGUUUGGCGUUAUCGCCACUGCAUCGCCACGGGAUAUAUGCACUACAUACGAAAUGAAAUUGACCAAGGAAACAAGUCAGAGGUGGCAGAGGGGCUGCGUAACAGGGCAUCAGAAUUCGAAAAGCAAUUACAAGCUUGCAGAAAAUUCAAACUCACUUUUGACAAGGAGAAUAAAAGAAAAAGUUGUUGCUUUUCGAAGCUGUUCAAAUAAGUAUUUCAAUAAUCGGUGAAAGAUAAAUAAUUGUCAAUUUACCCCAGGCCUCAAUAACACAUUUUUACCAGCUAACUUAAUUGCUCUUCGGCGGCCAUGUUAAUGAGCUUAAUUGAGUGCAGUCUUUCAUCUUUGUCUAGUCCUAAACGCUUGUCGAUAAUGGAAGUGACAAUGAAGUAAUAGUUGUCCUGUCCACGGCCGAGCACAAAAACACAGCCACUAACAUUUUACUAAUUAAUUACAAAACAAAAAACGUCAACAGUAUUUGUCAAUAACAAUGCCUUAAUAUAUAUAAGACUAUUAUGGCCCCUCUUCAUAGCAUAUCAACCACAUUAGAACAUCAAAAGGCUGAUGCUCACAUCUCCUUAAUGAACGGAAAAAUAAAGAAGCCGCAGUGCGGGUAUGGACCAUAUUAGUCAAUUAUUGUAGUCUGCACUCAUUCAAGCAAAAGUAUACGAAUUUUUUUUCAUGAAGGCCCUCUCGUGGCUAACAGAGGGCACUUUUCUCCUGAACAUAUUGCCAUACAAAAGAUUAGAAUAGCAUAUAGAGAGGCCAGAGAUAGAGUGGAGAAUAAUAGUUGGAGACUGCACUUGUUUUUAUACCAUAGGGCCUGAUGAUAUUUCUAAAAGUUUUACAAGUAACAUUGUGUUUAACUCGAAUUUCCCUCAACCUCAUCCUUGUCAUCCAAACAGAUUGUAAUCACUCACCAUUAUCAACAUAUCAAAAACACUCGUCUGCUUUCCUACCAGAACAGUAUGUGAAAAUAACGUAUACAACAGCACAAAACGGUCGUAAUCAUCAAAUGCCAUUUGAUUACCUGGAGGAAGGCCUUCUCAUAACCAUCGCCAUCUAUCACGGUCUGGUAGACUGGAGUAGACACGUGGCUAUAUCGAGUGGUAAUACUCGAUGUGGGUGCAGAAAUAAUUGUCUCAGUGGCUGAGAAAAAAAAAACACUUGUCUUGAGUCAGAGCACUGAGCCACAGAGUCAGCGCCACUGAGAUCCUAGCUUGGAUCUGGAUACAUGAAGCUGCCUGUUAAUAAAUUGUGGGUCUCACUUGUCCUGUUGUAGUGAGAUGACUUUUCACUCCUGGCAUUGCUGUUGUUGUAUAUAUAGGCUUUUUUUCCAAAAAAUUAUAUUAAUAAUAAUUCUGCCAAUAUAUAUUUUUAAAUAAUCAAUCGCGGUGUCGCUUGGGGCAAAAGGGGGUGAUACGAAACCCUCCCCUCACAGCAGAUGCCUUUCACACAGGGGCGGUUUCUUCAUUAGGGCGAUUGGGCGACGCACCACCAAUGUCAUUCAACCACAGAGUCACGCUAGCCGUCACUGUGCCUCUGGAUAUAGUCCAAUCAGCGUCAUGUCACGUUCUGUGGAGUACCGCCUCUUUUUGGGCGAUUUUACUCCGGCUGAGAAUCGCCCCGAGUGGCCCCAUAGACUUACAUUCAAAGAUGUUUUUUUUCGACCGGGGGGCGCUGCAAUGCAUUCUCUAUGGCUUCCGGGAGGGCUCGCCCUAACGUGCUUACGUCAUCAUACGUAAGCACGUUUCAUCCAACAAUAUAAUUUGUCGCCACCUAGUGGAAUCUUUAAUAAAAGAAACUUGAGUGGAUUGUAUUAAUAGUGAGUAUAGAAACAAACAAGAUGUAUUGUAAGAGUCACUUUAUUUUUCAUUAAUAUUAAAGAAGUGAAGUUGCCUUUACAUGCUUAAGCUGUUAAUUUAUCCAUUGCAUGGGUGGAGCUUAUCCUUAUCAAUCAUCCAGACAUUUGCCCCCCCUGAGAGAUUUUGCAGGAGCCACCACUGCUUUCACACUCAGGACCAAGCAAGGAAGUAGCCAUAAAGAUAAUAAACAAAUAAAAACACCUUGGUACAAAGGAAAUAGAGGGGGGGGAUUGCUAAUGAGAUUCUGGGGAAAUCUCUACACGACUUCAAAGACCGCCACAAAGCACGUACAAAAAGCAGGCGUCACCAUCUUCUUGGUUCUUUCGGUAAACUUAGCGACACGAAUAAGUGGACAUCAUAGACUGCCCACACACUCACUCCGAUUAAAAACCAGGCUACAAUCUACAUUAGUGGGUUAUUACUUCUCAUAUAUUAUUUUAAUCCUAAUGUUAUUCACCUUAUUUUUAUUCUUCUUCUUCUAUCUAUGUGACUGUACCGAAAGAACCAAAGAAUGAAUUCUGGAUGAACAUAAACCAAAUAAUAAUUAUGAAGUAUUAGACCGAGGGUCAUCCAGAAGAAUAAAUACGGCGAAAUAGGUCAAUCACCCAAAACCAAGAUAAAAUGUAUCCCAUAGAGAGAAAGCCUCCCACCCGCCUUUGUCUCCCGGCAGCACGUGAUAGUAAAUUUGCAUACGCACGCAGAGGACAUCUCCCCUUAAAAAGAAAAUCAAACACCAUGAAGGAACUCCAAACCACGAUGGAAGUACUGUAAACACUUCUACAAACAUACCUUGAGUCACUUACAGAACUACAAAAGUGGUACGGUAUCAAGCUAUAAGAGGUAAAAUAGUAUUUUUUCAAACGGUACAAAAGAAACAACUUCAAAGUCCUGCGGCCCUCUCUGAGAGAGACAAAAUGUAACUCCCCACCGCGAGGGAAGAGGGGGGAGAACGCAACCGGACAGGGGGACCCCCCCCCCUCCUUCCAGAUUAUAUAUUGCAGAGGGUUGGAGGACUAGAAGGACGCACUUGUAGCAAUUUGGGACAUCUGUUUCCCACGGAUGAAAAGAGGGGGACAAUAAUCAGGCCAGAGUGAGACUUAACAGAUGGCUUAAUAAAUUAGAACACACACACACGUAGAACUUCCCCCACAGCAAAGAACGAAAUCAAAGGAAGUUCCAGUCCUUUGUGAGAAGGCGUGCCGAGGGGAGAGAAUUCCACAUAAAAACAGAGACACGACACACACAAUAGAGUGCUGCGAUCGGCAGGCUCCGGGAACCUGCCCCCGUGACUGGCACAUCGUCAACGAGCUGCAUCAGCAGAAGCCACGACCAGCGACAGAAGACAACCGCUAGCGAGCAGACUCCUGGGCAUGGCCUCGAGAUCAACAAUGGGUGUGGUGUUGCGCAGAGAAGAGGGGCGAGGUGAUGCUCGGUGCUGAGUUCGGCAUGGACCGACAGAGUAUCGCUGAAAGUUUUAUUCUACAUUUAUCUUGAUGUUUUGAGUCGCUUGCAAAGUCAAGGAUUGCGAUAAGUUGUAUUGUACUAAGCUUUCACAGUUGUUUAAGAGGUGUGCGAAUACACUUUACAAGUUUUGAGAGUGAGUGCCAGCUCCCACGGGCAGCUGCAGCUCGAGUUAAACUGACGAGCAACGUCAAGCAAUCAACCUCGAGAAAGGGCGGAAAGCACCAAGCAUCGACCAAGCCAGCAUCGCAGAGAACCAGCUGCACGUGCAAUCGUGCACCGCCAGGGAGCAUGGAGCAGGAGAGAGCGCGCAGCAGCGCCACCAGCGCCACCGAGCAAGGGUGUUCAGCUGCCAGCGGACAAGCUGCGAGCGCUACGAGCACCUUCAAAGAUACGCGUCGUGCCAACUCAGCUCAUCCAGCAGGGAAAAUAGCCUAACCAGCCGCCCGUGAAGAAGAGGAGAGCGCCGGCGAGAGCGCCGUGGGUUCGACACACACACACACCGACCAGCAACCAGCUGGGAACCAAAACAAGAGUGAGGAACGGCGGCCAGUGGACAAGCUGCGGGUGCUAUCCGACGACGGAAUCAAUGCGCAUCGCCGACGGCGAGCGUCAUGCCGACUCUCUCUUUCCGUUCAGCAGUGGACAAGCAGCUGCUGCUGUCGCCUCAAAGAGAACAAGCGAGCAAGCUAUUCGUAUGACAAAGAUAAAGAUCCCCCGUAUAGCCUGAACAGACUGUAGGGGCAAGUGCUGUUAGCGAGCACCUAUGAAGGCCGGAACGGUACACGAGGGGGUGGGU